AUGGAACCAAGGAAUCUUACAAGAGAUUCAGAAUUUCUUCUUCUGGGACUUCCAGAGGAACCAGAACUGCAGCUCUUCAUAUUUGGGCUCUUCCUCUCCAUGUACUUGAACACUGUGUCUGGAAUCCUGCUCAUCAUCCUGGCCAUCAGCUCAGACUCCCACCUCCACACGCCCAUGUACUUCUUCCUCUCCAACCUGCCCUUGACAGAUAUCUGUUUCACCUCCACCAUUGUCCCAAAGAUGUUGGUGAACGUCCUGACACAGAGCAGAGUUGUAACCUAUGUAGGGAGCAUAACAAUGUACAUUUUCCUACUCUUUGCAAUGUUGGAUGACUUCCUCCUGACCAUGAUGGCCUAUGACUGCUUUGUGGCCAUCUACCCCCUGUUCUACAUAGUCAUCAUGAACCCCCGGCUCUGUGGACUGCUGCUUCUGGUGUCCUGGAUCAUGAAUGCCCUGUAUUCCUUGUUGCAAAGCUUAAUGGUGUUGAGGCUGUCCUGUAAAGACUUGAAAAUCCCCCACUUUUUCUGUGAACUCAAUCAGAUGAUUCAACUUGCCUGUUCUGAAAACUUUCUUAAUAACAUGCUGAUGCACUUUGUAACUGUUCUGCUGAGUGGUAGUCCCCUGACUGAAAUCUUUUAUUCACACUGUCAGAUCAUUUUCUGCAUAUGUGGAAUUGCAUCAGCUCAGGGGAAGUAUAAAGCAAGUACCUGUGAAUCUCACUUCUCAGUUGUUGCUUUAUUUUAUUGCACGGGCCUAGGAGUGUACCUCAGCUCUGCUGCAACCCACAGCUCACAUUCGAGUACAGUAGCCUCAGUGAUGUCCACCGUGGUCACACCCAUGUUGAACCCCUUUAUUUAUAAUCUGAGGAACAAAGUUAUAAAGGCAGCUUUGAAUAAAUUUUUUGGGAUGGUCAAUACACAAGGGAUAAUUUUCUGGGCCUCAAGAUAUUCCCAUGACUGA